CGUUUUGCGUGCGCGCCGCGAGCCACCACUCCAGUCCGAUUUGGCAGCAGUCGUCGUCGUCGUCUCCCUUCCUCGGUUGCUCCUCCUCCUCUGCCUCUCCUCCCGCCGCCACCGCCGCCGCGGUGAAACCCUAGACCCCCGCGAGCAAGCGCGAGACCCGUUAGCGAGCUUUAGGGCAAAUGGAGUGCGGCAUCGCCUCGCACGGCGCCCUCCUCGCCGCCGCGCCGCUCGCCGGACGGCGGCCCUUGCGGCUACCCCUCUCUCCGCCGCUCUCGCCGCCGUCUAUUCAGAUUCAGAAUCGACUUUAUUCGAUGUCAAUGCUUCCGCUAAAAGCCCGAAACAUGGGAAGAUGCGAUGCUUCUCUAGCAAGUAACUACAUGCAGACAUCCGAAUUUGCUGAUUUGGAUUGGGAGAACCUUGGUUUUGGACUUGUGCAAACUGACUUUAUGUAUAUCGCAAAAUGUGGGCCAGAUGGGAACUUUGAUAAGGGUGAAAUGGUGCCAUUUGGGCCCAUAGCGCUGAACCCAUCUUCCGGAGUCCUGAAUUAUGGACAGGGAUUGUUUGAAGGCCUAAAAGCAUAUAGGAAAAGUGAUGGUUCCAUCCUGUUAUUUCGCCCACAGGAAAAUGCAGCAAGGAUGCAAACUGGUGCAGAGAGAAUGUGCAUGCCUGCACCUCCAGUCGACCAAUUUGUGGAUGCAGUUAAACAAACCGUUUUAGCAAACAAGAGAUGGGUGCCUCCUACCGGUAAAGGUUCUUUGUAUAUUAGGCCGCUACUUGUGGGAAGUGGGGCUGUUCUUGGUCUUGCACCUGCUCCUGAGUAUACAUUCAUUAUUUUUGCCUCCCCUGUUGGGAACUACUUUAAGGAAGGUUUAGCUCCAAUAAAUUUGAUAGUCGAAGACAAGUUUCACCGGGCCACCCCUGGUGGAACUGGAGGUGUGAAGACCAUUGGAAAUUAUGCCUCGGUGUUGAUGGCACAGAAGAUUGCAAAGGAGAAAGGCUAUUCUGACGUUCUCUACUUGGAUGCUGUCCACAAAAAGUAUCUUGAAGAAGUAUCUUCAUGUAAUAUUUUUGUUGUGAAGGGCAAUGUUAUUUCAACUCCAGCAAUUAAAGGAACAAUAUUGCCCGGAAUCACAAGGAAAAGUAUAAUUGAUGUUGCUGUGAGCAAAGGCUUCCAGGUUGAGGAGCGCCUCAUUUCAGUGGACGAGCUGCUCGAUGCGGAUGAAGUGUUCUGCACAGGAACCGCUGUCGUGGUGUCUCCUGUGGGGAGUAUCACAUAUCAAGGGAAAAGGAUAGAGUACGCCGGCAACCAUGGAGUCGGCGCCGUGUCCCAGCAACUCUACACCGCGCUGACAAGCCUACAGAUGGGGCAGGCGGAGGACAGCAUGGGCUGGACCGUGCAACUGAAUUAGCAUCAGAACCAUCCAUACCAUCUUCGUGUAGAUGGUCUCCAUCUUGAUUAAACGUGAUCAGAUGUUCGCAGGGAGUGCAGGCAAGCGUGGUCAUGAGCGUGUGCCUUCAGUUUUGUUGGCUCUGUCCAAGUGGCGCCCCCACUGCACAUCUGCGGAUGGUUGCGUGUAAAUUGCGUAACCGUUCUGCGAGCGCGCCCCUUUAUUUUCUUGGGAUUUUUUUCAAGGUUUUAGUCUGGUCGAUGCCGUGGCCGUCUGGCCGUGAUAUGUAAAGUAGGAUGAGUUCUCACUUGUUUUUGUUGAAUUUCCUUGGUUUAUGUUGAUGGUAACGAUAAUAAAGAGGUUCGUGUGUUCCCUGGAUGUAA